AAGGUAAAAAAAAAAAAACCAGAACCAAAACAAAAAUCCUCAACCAGCAUCAACAAGAACAACAACACAGCGUGUGUUGUCCACUCUCAAGUCUCAAACAAAAAAAAGCCCCCAUGGCUACUACAAGCAGCACUCCUUAUACAAGCAAUGGAUCAUCAUCACCAAUAUCACAAAUAGCACAAGACCAUCUCUUCUCUAUCUUACUUCUCUUACCUUUAGAUUCCAUUUUUCGCUUUGCUAUGACUUGUAAGAAAUUCAGGUCCUUAACUUACUCUGACUCUUUUUGGGAAUCUCUUUGUCGUAGAGAUUGGGGUAAUUCUUCUAUUGAUGCCCUCAGAUCCUUUGCCGUUGAUAGUAAACAAGAGCAGUUUACUUGGAAGAAGCUUUAUCAGCAAAUCUAUCAAUUGGAUUCUCUUUACUGUCGUAGAUUGUUGUUGAAAAAUCCACAAGGAGGAGAAGAGUUGUUGCUUCCUAGGCCUAGAGCUUCUCAUUCUCUUAAUUUUGUGUCUGGUUGUUUAGUUCUCUUUGGUGGUGGCUGUGAAGGAGGAAGGCAUCUCGAUGAUACAUGGGUUGCAUAUGUUGGGAAUGACUUCAAGAAAAUUUUGAAGUGGAACAAGAUUGGAUCAGGAAUACCAAGUGGCCGCUUUGGGCAUUCAUGUGUCGUGAUUGGUGAUUGUCUAGUGCUCUUUGGAGGAAUAAAUGAUCAUGGGGGCCGCCAAAAUGAUACAUGGGUUGGCCAAGUAGCGGUACAUGAUGCAUUUGGUAUCACAUUGUCCUGGAGGCUACUUGAUGUUGGUUCCGUUGUGCCUCCACCAAGAGGUGCUCAUGCUGCAUGUCGCAUUGAUAAAAGGAGGAUGCUGAUUCAAGGAGGGAUUGGUUUGUCUGGCCUGCGACUGGGAGAUACAUGGGUAUUGGAACUGUCCGAGAAUCUUCAUAUUGGAGUUUGGCAAGAAAUUGUGACUCAUCCAUCUCCUCCAUCUCGCUCUGGACAUACAUUGACCCUUGUUGGAGGAAACCAAACAAUUUUGUUUGGCGGAAGGGGUUUAGGCUAUGAGGUGCUUAAUGAUCUAUGGCUCUUUGAUACAUCUGAAGGUCACUGGAGAUGGGUACAGUUAGUAUUUGACUUGCAAAAUAUACCCCACGGAUUGGCCUUGCCUAGAGUUGGUCACUCAGCCAAUCUCAUCAUAGGUGGACGACUACUAAUUUAUGGAGGAGAAGAUUCCUACAGACACAGAAAAAAUGACUUCUGGGUGUUGGAUAUCAGCUCAGUGUCAUCCAUUAUGCAGUCUGGGACUCCUCCAAGCCCAGAGAGAUCAAAGACUAAACUGUGGAGACGACUCAAGUCCAAAGGUGAUAACCCUAGUGGCAGAUCAUUUCACCGAGCUUGUGUGGAUCCUUCAGGUCGUAACUUGUAUGUCUUUGGUGGCAUGGUAGAUGGUUUACUUCAGCCUGCCGAAUCCUCGGGGUUGAGGUUUGAUGGAGAGUUGUUUCUUGUGGAGCUUUUGCUUCAGUGCUAGGGGAAUCGCAAGGAGAUUAUAGGUAAACAAGUAUGCUGCUGCUUUACAUGCCAAUGUGCAUGUUAUGUAAAUAUCAGUCCCACUUGUAAGAAAACUUAGCAGCUAGCAUGUUGCUUUGUGUACAGGAAAAGACGUAAAAAGGUAUGUAAUUUGGCCUUAGCUUUGGAUCUGAAGAAUUGUUAAGGUAUGUUUCUGUCUUCUAGAGGAAGCUAGAGUCAGCCAAGUGAUACACCAUACCAGCCCCGAGCUUUCAUGAUCCAGCUAUCCCCUCUGGAAUUAGUAGAAACUACCUGUAAAUUUCUAGUUGAGGAGUGAAAUUAAGUCCUGUAGACCAGACUUAGCUUGUGGCAUAUGAUUAGUUGUUCUGAAUUUUGAUGUAAUAUGUACAUUCUUGAUCUUUACUAGCUAGUACGGGUAUUGCUGCUA